AUUAUUUUCAUCAUUGGUGUUGCAGUGUCAAACUUCAAACGGGCGCGGACGCCAUCGCCCGAACUACCAAACAAAAUGGCGCCCGUCAAGGACCUUAUUGAACAGAGCAUAAAAGAUAACCUGGUCAUGAUAUUUUCGAAAUCUACAUGUCCAUUCUGCAAGAAGGUGGGUUACUUAAUGUCUGCUUUUAAUCACUCCAUCUUCAGCAAAAAUAAAGGAUCAAGAAAGCAUUGUUUUCAAAACUAUGGAAUUUAGCUUAAGUCUAAACUAAAAUAUUCAUCACAAUGCGGACCGGCAUUUGCCGCUCGCAAACCAUCCUGAUUUCAAAGACCCUUAUUAACACUGUCAGGGGUUACUUGAAACCUUCAUAUACGAGCAUUGAGAGCAGAUUUCAGAUGGAUAGAAGAAACUUAAAUAAUUCUGUAUAUUUAUAACAGCUUUUUGACUUGUGUUAGCGAUAGUAGGCUCCUUUAAUUUUAUCUUUACUCUUUAUACGAGCAGGUUGUAAUAUCUAUACUGCAGGCUUAUCCCGGCCUUAAUUACUAGUGUUUCAACUGUAAAUGAUAUAAACAAAAGGCUAAGGAGUUGAAUUAAUGUACGUUCUAUAAUAAUAGUUCUUUGAGGACACAAUUAUGCGAAAUAAGGUAAUCUGUUUUUCCCUCUGUAAGUUUUUAAAAAGUUAGACUCGGCAAAAAGCAUCGAGGGUGAUAGUUUUCCUAUGACCUGGAUAUUGUAAGCAAUAGUAAUUACAACAUGUAAGCGUCUUUUUAUAUUACGCCUUUUUAAUGAGGUAUAUGUUCUAUUCACUUAGAUUUUUAGACCUUUCCUUCUGAACAUGAAUUGUAUUCUAAGUGGAAGUUCCUCACUAUUUAAAAUAUUACCGUAUUUUAAACUCUUAAACAUAUUGUAAACUUAUCAUUACAGCAGGUGAUAAGGCUGUUUUAUCCAAAAGAUAUAAAGGUUAAAAAAAGACUGCAAACAACCAGAUAACAGGGUGGCAUAAAUCAUAACAGAGGAAAAUUGUUGUACAUUCUAAUGAAUUUGUCAAUAUUUUAAGAUUCUUCUUAUUAUUUUUUGUACACUUAACAGUUUGGCGAACUGUCAUCUGUACUUGAAAGUUAAUUUUAAUGAUUUAUGAGUAGAGAAAAUGAUGACAAGAUAGUUGAUGACUUUGAAAUGAAAAAGUAUUCAAACGAUGUGGUGGAAUAAUUAUCUAACAACACUUUGGGCUGGUUAUUUAAACAGAGUUGAGCCCGUAUUUAACAAAACCUUGUUCUAAGCUAUUUUCAGUUUUCCCAACGCUAUUAUCCAAACAUGGUUUAUCAUGAACAAUUUCUUUAAAGCAAAUAGCAUAGACUGGAAAAGCACUUAUUUUCUUGAAAUAACCCACUAACGAAAAUCUGGAGGUCCAAUGAUUUCUUAAACCAUGCAUGGCUUAAGUUAGACUUUGUUUAAAUAACCAACCCUUUUAUGUUUCCAUCAAUACAUCUAUUUACAUUAAACUUGGAGGUGUGCAUGUAUAAAUUUAUAAUACAGCUUUGGAAUAUUGUGAGAACUUGCCAAUUACCCACAUGUAAGUGAAAUUAAAAGCUCAUAUUAUAAUCUGACUCCCUUUUCAUGGAUAGCUGUCUAUCGUCUGAAAAAGACGCGCAGAGAUAACUCUUAAUAAUUCAGGCUUUUUAACGCAGUGCCGAAGGUAGAAGGGAGUUUAAUUUCCAGAAGGUCACAUGUGGCAAAAAGUUAUUUAAUGGGUCAAAUUAUGCAAUAUUUCUUGUGGUUAGUGUAGGUGAGCUUUCACGCAAAAACAUGAAUCAUAUCUUAACACAUGAAAAGAUCACUGUUGCUAUGGCUACAUGAUAAACUGGCUUUUCAUGGCUAAAAAAUAUUUAUAUAUUAAAGCGAAAUGGUGUGGUAUUUCAUAGGUGUUUGUAUAAUAAAUAGAACAUUACAUGGCCGCUUGGAGAUAGGAAAUUUCUCUUCUUGUUUUCAAAUACUCAAAGAGAAAAUUUCUAUCUCCACGUGGCCUUGUAAUCUCCUCUAUAUCUCCCUUUUUAACUUAAAAGUGCAUGCAUGAAAAUGUGUUGGUAGGAUUAUCACCUGACAGGAUUAUUUUUUUCUAAUACUUCUUCACAGGUAAAGGAGCUUUUCAAGUCAAUGAAUGUCACAUUUACAGCCAUGGAAAUGGAUUUACUGGGUAAAUUAAAAAUCUAAUAAACUUAAAUCCUAACAGUUUAAUUCAGGGAAUUGCCAAAUAGCUAGCCAGCAGUAGCCUAAAAUCACCAAAUUGCAUCAAAUUUCGAGAAAAAUAAUGAGUCUUAUUUCGCAAGUAUUUAAUUUCGCGAUUUUCAGGGACAUGCAGGUAGAAUUGGAGUGUAUUUAAUUUUGAUUUUCCUAUUCAGUAACACAUGUAUGUAAAGCUACAGCAGUUUGGUCAUAUUCAUCAGCCCCGAGUUGUUUCUGCUUCUGCUGUGGCAAAUACCUGAUUCCUACCCCACUUGCUUGGCUUACUGGCCUUGCCCUCAACAUCUGAAAUUGCAUUACCAGAUUUGGAUAAUGCUUGGUCAGAGAUAAUUAAUGCCAUACUGAAGCGACAUUUUAUUGAAGGGGCUUUAUGCAUUAUCUCACCACGGCUUUAAAGUGUUGACCUCAAGGUUGACUCAGUGGUGCGCGUGAACAAUGAUAUAUGUUUGGUAUUAAACUUUGCGAUUUUUAUCUUUGUGAGUAUUUUUCCCAAAUUGCGAAAAUCGCUAAAUUUACUACUUGUGAAAGUAAGUGAGAAAAAGGUGCUUCAUGCUUUUGAUCAGCUACUCUGCUGGUGUAGGCCACUUUGUCUGAAUCUCUCAAAGAAGCAGGGCUUCUGGAAUUAUGCAUUUGUUUCAGCAAAUUAUGCGCUUUUUUGGCGAAUUAUACACCAAAAAUCCCAAAUUACAUGGAUUUCGCAAUAUUGCAUAAUAUUUUUAAGCAAAAAUUCUUAAUGUUUCAAUUUACUAAGCUUGCAAAUCAAGCAUAAACAUCUAAAAGGGGUCCCGAAGCUGUGUUCCCUUAGGGAUUGUGCCACCAUUGACUACAUGGGAGAGAAGAAAUUCACGCAUUGUAGGAUUUGUAGCAGCACAUGCCUUAUCCACUCAUGGCAGACUUUCACUUUCUCUUUGUGAGCUGAAGUUUUGCACUUGAAUGAAGUCUUUAAUGCCUGUUGUUUGCUCACUUCGAAAAGGAUUCAUCCAUUCACUUGACAUGUGAAACAGCUGAAAGGUGCUUGUCAAGAACUGACUUUCGGUGGUGAUCCAUAACUACAUUACAAGUUGAAUAGGAUAGGCAAACGAUGUACACGUAAUUUAUUAUAACAUUUAGUAGUGUGAACCUUCUGUUUCAUAUGAAUGGACUCACCUACAGAUUUCAACAGUAGGCUUAGAUGAUAGAGCUGCAUCUUGUAUCUCAUGCUCAAUAGUAAAAAUAGGAAAGUACCAUUCAGAAUGGUCAUCACACUUAUGCAUUCUCCGCUGCUUUUAUAUUAAAAAAGAGAACCCAUUUGUUAGUCAUGGUUUAUCAGUGAUCUUAUGACAAAACUGCUUGGUUGUCUUCAAAUACAGAUAAUGGAACAACAAUACAGGAAAAACUGAAAGAGAUGACAGGGCAAAGAACAGUUCCUAAUGUCUUUAUUCGAGGGAAUCACAUUGGCGGUGCAGAUGAUACAAUGAAACUUCAUGAGGAAGGAAAGUUAAAGAACCUGAUCACACCGCCGUCAGAGAACUAUACUUAUGACCUGAUUGUUAUUGGUGGUGGGUCUGGUGGACUCGCUUGCUCAAAGGUAUUACUACAUACAGUCAACUCUUUCUUGAGAGACACCUUGGUAGAGAGGAUAUGCACCCACUGUUGGUCCCUGAUUUUCUUUUCUGCUUUUAGUUAACUCUCAAUGAGAUGGAAACUUUUGGGGUGGGAAGGGGGGCCAGGGGGGAGGGGAUUAUGAGUAAAAGUAACAAAAGGUUUGGUAAGGUUGCUGGCCAAGUAUACAUCGAUCGUGCAGUUCUGGUCCAAUCCUGCUUUCGACAACAGCUGCAAGAAAUGGCAUUUCCCAUGGGCAUGCAGGGAUUAACCAUGGGAGGAUUAGCUCAGUCGGUAGAGCAUUUGACGGCAGAGUGGGAGGCUCAAUUCCUAUUGCUGUGCUAAUACCCAGGCUCUUAAAAUAACAGGGAAAUGGAGGUUUUGCCUUUGCCCUGCACACGGCUAGACCUUCAUGCAUGUAGCUCACGUGACCACAAAAAAUGACAGUCCCAUCUCCAGAUAGAAACAUAAAAAUAGUGUCCCCAAUAAUUAGUACUUUUGUGCCAAAUACAUUGACACUCAAAUGAAGUGCUUUUUUAUAAUAAUUUCCACAGAAUAAGUACACAUAUAUGUCACAGGUUGUAUUUGAUUUCAGGUUAAAGUAAUUAUUUUAACGUAAAACCAUGGACAAAAGUCUUAGGACACACACCCAACCCCUUCUCACUCCCCAUAAACAAGGUUGGAAGCACAUAUCCAGAAUUUUUCCGUAAGGUUCAACUUUGUAUAGGAUGGGGAAAUGGGGAACUGCGAGAUAUUUUCAAAAAAGUUGCACUUUUUUAUUAGGGCACCCAUAAAUUACAGAAAAUCACAAAUACUGCAUUACUGUCCCAAGGACUUUUGUCCAGGAUCGUAGCUAUAGGUUGAUUUUCAAUUUCCUUUUUUCUUCUAGGGCUAGGAGACAAACCAAAUUGGGAAUUAACCUUAGGUUAAAAAGUCUAACCAAAUUUCACCAGUAACAUAUAUAUCAUUUUCAUUUUACAGGAAGCAGCUGACCUUGGCAGAAAAGUGGCAGUUUUGGAUUUUGUUAAACCAUCUCCUGUAGGAACAACCUGGGGUCAGUCUUUCUAGCAAUAAAGCACUUUACUGCUUGUGUUGUUGGUGUUGUUAAUAAUUAUUAGCAAAGCUCUUGUGUAGGGAAGCACCAUGCAUAAUAAAUAUGCACCCAAGAAAUGGUUGAGAAAAAAUAGUCCACAUGACUGUACAUGUUACAUGACUCUAUCAACUGUUCAGGAGUACAUAUUUAAAGUUCUCCACUGACCAGUUAUUGGUUAUAAUAAUUAUUUAUUGACAGCAGGCUCAGGUCCAUUUUUUCAGCAGGAAUUCAGUUUGCCUCUUGCUUUUGCCAAAAGUAUUGAAUUACUUCAGAAAGACAUUAAUUUUCUUGACAGAUCCCACAAUAAAGCUGUGCUGUAGCCCCUGAUGCCUAACUAUUGCUCCCAGUCAUCUAGAUAAAUUAAUUUUAGUUUUCUCAUAGUAAUCAUAUGCUGGGCACCCUGGAUUUCACAGGUUUAGAGCACUGGGCUCUCUUUAAUUUUUCUUAGAGCACAGUCUUGCAUGAGGACCUCACUUUUGGUCCUGGCUGAAUCUAUCUAAUAUUUUUAUUCUUUAAUCCUAAUGUGACUGAUUGAAAGGGGACAUACAUUAUAACCUUAAAAACCAAUGUUGACAUGCCCUUAUUCUGUUGUGACUUAUUUUUUUUGAAUGAAACACAGUUCUACGGUUAAGAAAGAUUGAAUAGAACUGUAUAUUAUAAUUUGCAAAUGAGAAGUAAUUGUAUAAAUUCUGUACUCAAAUAGGCACCAUGCCACAUUUUGGAGUAACGUUUUUCACUUAUGCUGUUUUCUUUUGUCUAUCUAGUCUGAGAAAACAGGCAACAAUUCCCAACACCACCACUUGUUUCCCCGCAAAAAUUAAUGACUUCUAAGAAAUGGCCAAAGAAAUUCCAUACUGACGAUGCUUCACUACCCAACUCUGGGUAAUGCUUCUGAUUGGCUUAAAGCUUCAUUCAAUCAGAAGCACUACCCAGAUAUGCCUCAUGCAUCAUCAGCAUGGUUUCCUGUGGUAGUUUCCCAGAUGUCAUUGCACAGCGAAAUCAGUGUUGGUGUCACGAAAUGUUGUCUGUUUUCUCAGACUACUUCUUAUCAUACUGAUUUAAGUUCUAAUGAUGCAGCAUGAUGGCAGCUGCAGAGUCGAGAAUGCUUGAUUAAAUAAUUAUUGUAUUGAGAGACAGUCCCACAUUAGGCUCUAAAAGGUUUUUGUUUCCUAUCAGGUCUUGGAGGCACAUGUGUAAAUGUAGGCUGUAUUCCAAAGAAACUAAUGCAUCAGGCUGCCUUACUGAAGCAUGGAAUGGAAGAUGCAAGGUUGUAUGGAUGGAGUUAUGAUGAAAAAGGUAUGCAUGUGUAGCAAGCAGUGUGACUCCUACAAAUGGAUUGAAAUGCAACUUUUUUUCUGUUUUCUUGUAAUACUGGUUUAUCAAGAGGUUAGUUGCAAGGUCUUCAUGAUAAAGUGGGUUUUCAGUCAUUGAAUGACUGUUUAAGCCAUUGCCUCUCAACCGCGCUUAACUGCCCAUGCAAUCCAUGUCCCUCAUCAGGGUGCAAAGAAAGGGAUUUUUAAAGCUUGCCAUUGGGGCAAGCUGAAGCUAGCAUAUACUAGCCCAAACAUUUUCAUCUAGCCCCAAAAACAUUUUGAUGAGCAGAAUUGAUAUUUUCACAUUAAUUUUCUUCUGUAAUUUGAAUUCCUCAAAAAACUUCACUUGCCCAUCAUGCAAUUUAGAACAGAAUUCACUAGCCCGAUAGCAAAAUCCACUAGCCCCGAGCUAUCGGGCACUACUUUCUUUGCACGCUGCUCAUACCACUUGAGACAUUAUCAGUUUGAGCUUUUUUUUUUUUUCAUCUAACUUGCACAGGGGCAAGAGAUUUCAAACCACUUCAUAGUAAGCUUGAUUUAAACAAGGAGGCCCCCAAGAGAGAAACACAAAAAGUGUGUAACCAUGACAACCCUGUGAGUGGCAUCCGUCACACGCUGCUAAGCAGUAAAACCUUCAUGUAUAGUGCUUACAAUGUGUUUACCAAAGGGAUGGCAGGGUUAGAAGCAAAAACACUAAAAUCCUGAACAAUGAGUGGCAACCUGAAUGUAAUGGCCUGACCUCAACAGAGAGGCUGUAAAAACCCAUUUGCCCCUGCGAUUCUAUCUUUGUCUUUUAUGUUCCCCAUAGUGCAAUUAUUUUCUGCACAAUUUUUUUUGCAUAGGCUUUGUUUUCAAUUUCUGAAGGGAAGAUUUUUAGUCCCAAUACUUAUGAAAAGGAGGAACAAUUUCACUGGAUUACGUGGAACAUGAAAGUCGCAAAUUAGAGCUCCCUCAAUAACCUUGCGGGAAAGGCCGCUGGCUAACGUUGUCCUGAGUUAAACUUAGCCUAUCUUUUAUGUAGCCACAAUAACAUAUUGUAUUGCAUAAACUGUAAAAUUAUUAUUUUGAGCUCAAAUUUAAGGGAAGCAUUAUGUGAUAAGCUAAUCUCUCGGAGAAUUAUGGUACAAAACAAAGCAAUACAGAAAAAAGCUAGAAAUUUCCAUGUAACCCUCAAAUUUUUGAAGACUUCUUUAUAAGUUAUCAAUGCUUCUAAUAAUAUUAUAUUAUUGCAGUAUCAGUAACUUUUUUUUAAUUGUUGCUGUUAUUAUAUGCAUGGUUUAUUAGAAUGUAAUCUUUCUCUUCUAGUUGAUCACAAGUGGGCAACAUUGAGAGAAAAUGUACAGGUAUGCACAAACUCAUUUUUUUUUCUUUUUCAAACAAUUAAAAAGACUGAAAUUGAGUGACUGCUCUCCUUUUAGUUGUGGGAUCAAGUGAUUAGCAAGUUUAUUUCCAAUAAUAUUAUUAUUGUGGCUACAGUCAAAUUGCUCUGAGGGUUAAUUUUGUAAGUCCUUUAUAAUAAGUGGCUCGGUUAACAAGUUUGUCGUAAACAUACCGGAUCAAUUUAGGUUUCCGCGAAACUGCCCACCUACCCCUCCCCUAAGCCAACAGUAUCACUUAACUUCUCACUUAAGGCAAAAUGUUGGCUCAGGGGAGGGGUAUGUGGGCAGUUUCCAAGAAACUUGAAUUGAUCCGGCAUAUCUUUCAUCUUAAGACCUUCUUUACCCAAACAGUGUGAUCUUUAUUGUUAAUUUAUUCUUAUUAACACAUGGACUACACAUGCCAUUCUUUGUACCUUCCACUUUUGGUCAGUACCUGCUGCAGCGUGCAUAGAAAGUAGUGUCCGAUAGUCCAGGGCUAGUAGAUUUUGCUAUCAGGCUAGUGAAUUCUGCUCUUAACUUGCCCGAUGGGCAAGUGAAGGUCUUUGGGAAGAAAAGAACUUUACGAACUUUAAUCAAUCCUGUUCACCAAAAAUCUUUUUUGGGCUAGUUGAUAUGACUUUUGGGCUAGUGUGGCUAGCUACAGUUUGCCCGAAUGCCAGGCUGUAAAAGUGACUUUCUUCCCACCCUGCAGUUGUUUGUAAAGAAUUAGCAGGGGGAGUAAAGCCAAUCAGAAUUGGCAAAAUAUUUUGAAUGUGUUUGAAUAAUAAUAAAAGUUGUUUGAGAUGCACAAGAUGAAAAAGGUGGCAUUUUUAGUAUAAUUUGUGUUUUGUCUGCAUGUUUAGAAUCACAUUGGGUCACUUAACUGGGGAUACAGAGUAGAAUUGAGAGACAAGAAAAUCUUGUAUAAAAAUGCCACAGGAAAGCUAUUGGAUGCACAUACAGUUCAGGUAAUUUACUAUAAAUUGUAAUCAUUAUACCUUAAAAUUCAGCAAAUAAGUCCCAGGGCUUAGAUUUUCAAAAGGCCCUUUUUGAGGGGCUUAUUUUUGGAGUGGAUUAUAUUUGGAACGGCUUAUGUAUGGAGGGAAAUUUGCAUCUCAGAAUGGAUUGGGCUAGCUUAUAGUUGGAAGGAAAUUUAUGUCAGUAAUUUGCAGAAGGUUUUCACUGAAACUAGCCUUAUGGACUAAAACUCAUCCAUGCAAGUACUUUGUCUAUAUGGACCGAGGAAAUCUGAGCCAAGAGUGAAGAGUGAACUACGCAAACAGCAAUAUACUGUGACACUUUUUGACUGCAGUCAUUUGGCCCAAUAAUAACUCUUUGACAGAUGCAAAAAUUUGUGUUACUGUACAGUUUUUGCUGUGUUAUUUUGAAUUUGAGGGCAGUUUCCAAGUACAAGCCCCCAGGGGCUUAUAUUUGGAGGGGUAAUUAAACGUAGGGUUUUUUGCGUUACGAGUAUGGGGGGCUUAUACAUGGAGGGGUUUUAUUUUCAGAAUUUUACAGUAUCUGUUGUCAUUGGCCAAGAGCCUGUGGCUGGAAAUCAGCGCAACCUAGUGAUUAGUUAGUUAUCUGUAGCUUGCAAGUACAAUAUGCAUGACUUCCAAGAGCAAUGUCUCCUCAAACUGUGUUCCUCGUCUUCUGUGUCAUUAUUUCUUCAAAACCAUUGUAUUGAAAAUAUUAAAAGCAAUAAUUAGAUUAGGUUUUUGUGAUAUCUGGGAUUAUCAAAGUCGUGAUAAGUGUUAUUCCGCUUUGGUCUACCUGUAAGUAAACUCAUUAGCUUAUAAAGUAAACUCAAACUCAUGUGUUUAACAGCACUGAAUUCCUCACUUUUGUGUAGGGCCAGUUGGAAAAAGAAAGAGGUUUAUGCACGUAGAAGGCGUGUCACAUGCAAACUUUAUAAAUUACCUGGCUCCUGACUAUGAUCUCUGCUAAAAUUUAGUUGAGAUCUGUCCAACCUUUCCUUUGUCUAAAUGUUAUCAUAACAGAAAACAGGAAUGGAUACUUCCAUCCCCACCACUGUCAUCGAUAGUUUGUCUAAACAUAUACAAACAUUAUGUUCUGGAAAUGUAGUGGUCCCUGAAAAUACUUCAUUGUCAGGCAAAAAUUAAUAAUAACAAUUUGACAUGUCACUGAUUGUUGAUCUAUACAUGUGUACUAGAUUCUCUGGAAGAUGGAAGCCUAUUGAAAUUUGCACCAAGUGACUGUCUAGAGUUGGUUUCUGAUCCAACAAGGAAACUGAAUGAACAAAUUUAAAGGCAAAGGCCAUUUUGGGGGAGGUAUUGAAAGUGUAGACUGUAAUGAGAGCUGCGUGCUCUCAUUCACAUUAGUGUUGUGGUGUCAAUUUUUUAAGAAAUCUUCUUUGUCUGAAAUAGGCUGUUGACAAGAAAGGCAAGGUUAGUCAGAUGACAGCUCAGCACAUUGUACUUGCUACAGGGUUAAGGCCUCGAUACCCACCCAUACCAGGAGCCAAGGAGUAUGGAAUCACAAGGUACUAGUCUAAUACUAUAAUGCAGUUAAAUUCAAGUGGUGUAGGGUCACAGAGCAGGAAAAGAAAGAAUGAAACAAAUGAAACAGCACGUCUCUGGCAUGUCUCUUUGUGUUUUUGUUGUGUUGUGUACUUCAGCUCCCAGGGAUGUAGCUUAAAUUUAUAACAGAAGGGAAAUGGCAUUUAACCCCAGCUCCCAGCUAUCAUCUACCUCCCACUGCUCCUGUAAUCAUGCAAUCAUUUAGACUUCUAAUUCUUUAGUGAGUAAUUAAUGUAGUAAUAACUUCUCACUUUUCUUCACAGUGAUGAUUUGUUCUCACUUGAACAUAGUCCUGGCAAAACAGUAAUGGUUGGUGGCUCUUAUGUGUCAUUAGAAUGUGCAGGCUUCCUUCACGGGAUUGGGCUUGAUGUCACAGUCAUUGUGCGGUCCAUCUUUUUACGUGGUUUUGAUCAGGUAAUGUUUUUAGUAACAAGAAUCUUAAAUAAUUAUAGUGGUGUUUUUAUAUUGACUGUAUGCAUUGCGAAUUGCUGGUUUUUUUCUCAGGCUACAUGUAUUAUGAGCUUUUGCACUUUGCAUUCUAGUAAGUUCUGUAUGGAGAACUGAUACCAUUGUCUUUGCUAAAUUGAACAAUAACGUUCUUACAGCAGAGUUAAGUUUCGCUUGCUUGGAGAUUAGAUCGAGAAAUGAGGAGGCGAUUGAUUCUUCAUGAAACAGGAUUUACACACUAAAUAAUAAAUUGAUUUAGCAUACUUGUCAGCAAUGUGUGGACACACAUCUGCGGUCCCAGGCUAUACGUGUGUAUAAAUACACGAAAAUUCAAGGGCCUCGAUUCCAGAGAAAUUACAUCAUUGCCAGAGAUCAAAAAAGUGAUUUACAUGACACAUCAUUUCAAUCAUGUCAAGGCCUUCAACACUAGCACACAAGCUCCUUAUGCUUAAGUUUGCAUUGCAAGUAAGGACCAGGCAUUAGUACUCAGUUGCACGAGUGGUUCAUUCAGAAAAUUAAGAACACAGUGUGAUCAUAGGUCAAAGUGACAAAAAAUGACCCAAAGAGUGUUACAUGUCUGCCAUUGGAAGAAGAGUUUUUUACAUUGUUCUAUUUUUCUCUCUUUUUACAGCAAAUGGCUGAGAAAAUUGGAAAUGAAAUGCAGACUCAAGGGAUUAAGAUGAAAAGACCAGCUAUUCCAACAAAGGUACGUAGAUUUCCUAGUCUACCUACUGAAACUUACUCUGUAUGAUACUACAGUCUUGGACAAAAAGUGUUCAGAAGUUUGCACUUUCUUGCUCACAGGAGACCCACCCUGCAAAUUUGGUGCCACAUUGAUCCCUCCCCCCACUCCUCCCUGGUCAAAGAUGUUCAGUCAGGAGUAAAAAUGUUCCGGCUGCACUUCAACAUUGUUUGUUGGGCGGGAAGGGGAAAGUAUGUUGAGUGAACAGUGCUUUACAGAGAUGUAUUAUUUUGAAAUUGGACAUACAACGUGGCGCAUUUUUCUAAACAUUUUUGUCCAAGAUUGUAGAUUUUCUCAUUAUCUACUGUUUUCUUCACACAAUGGUAGUGCCUACAACCUCAGAUCAUCAGCUGCACCAGUACUUUCUCUCCCUAAAGAGGCAGAAACUUUUCAGCAUUCUGCAGCUACUGUAUUUAUUUAAAUAACUUACAUACAGCCCUUAUAAGAAAUUUACAGGAUCACAAGAAAUUCUGUUGCAGUGUGAAGAAAUUAAACAUAAUGCAGCAUUAGGUUUGGUUUCUUACACUUAGUCAUCAAUUUGUCUUUUAUUGAAUCUUUUCAAAACUGAUCCAUGAAUUAGAUUGAUUUUUAUAUCAGAGUAUUAUUUAUAUUUAUUGUCAUCACUAUAAAUCUAUUCCUUUUCAUUUACUUUGUUCAUUUUUUUAUCUUUGUUUUACUUAAAAAACAAGACAAAACUUUGUGACUUCAAAGGACUUUGUGAAGUCUAAAUUGAGUCUAGCCACUCAUAAUAGAGUGAUUUUACUUAACCCAUGAAACAGGUAGUAGAAUACAUUGCACUAUUAUGCACUGAUUCCAUUGUCUUCUUUUGUUUACCUCCUUCUAUUUUGCACUGUUUUUGGUAGUAUCUGUUUCAUGGUUCAAGUAAAAUCACUCAAAUAAAUCUGGUUAAACUCUAGGCUGUUGACAAGAAAGGCAAGGUUAGUCAGAUGACAGCUCAGCACAUUGUACUUGCUACAGGGUUAAGGCCUCGAUACCCACCCAUACCAGGAGCCAAGGAGUAUGGAAUCACAAGGUACUAGUCUAAUACUAUAAUGCAGUUAAAUUCAAGUGGUGUAGGGUCACAGAGCAGGAAAAGAAAGAAUGAAACAAAUGAAACAGCACGUCUCUGGCAUGUCUCUUUGUGUUUUUGUUGUGUUGUGUACUUCAGCUCCCAGGGAUGUAGCUUAAAUUUAUAACAGAAGGGAAAUGGCAUUUAACCCCAGCUCCCAGCUAUCAUCUACCUCCCACUGCUCCUGUAAUCAUGCAAUCAUUUAGACUUCUAAUUCUUUAGUGAGUAAUUAAUGUAGUAAUAACUUCUCACUUUUCUUCACAGUGAUGAUUUGUUCUCACUUGAACAUAGUCCUGGCAAAACAGUAAUGGUUGGUGGCUCUUAUGUGUCAUUAGAAUGUGCAGGCUUCCUUCACGGGAUUGGGCUUGAUGUCACAGUCAUUGUGCGGUCCAUCUUUUUACGUGGUUUUGAUCAGGUAAUGUUUUUAGUAACAAGAAUCUUAAAUAAUUAUAGUGGUGUUUUUAUAUUGACUGUAUGCAUUGCGAAUUGCUGGUUUUUUUCUCAGGCUACAUGUAUUAUGAGCUUUUGCACUUUGCAUUCUAGUAAGUUCUGUAUGGAGAACUGAUACCAUUGUCUUUGCUAAAUUGAACAAUAACGUUCUUACAGCAGAGUUAAGUUUCGCUUGCUUGGAGAUUAGAUCGAGAAAUGAGGAGGCGAUUGAUUCUUCAUGAAACAGGAUUUACACACUAAAUAAUAAAUUGAUUUAGCAUACUUGUCAGCAAUGUGUGGACACACAUCUGCGGUCCCAGGCUAUACGUGUGUAUAAAUACACGAAAAUUCAAGGGCCUCGAUUCCAGAGAAAUUACAUCAUUGCCAGAGAUCAAAAAAGUGAUUUACAUGACACAUCAUUUCAAUCAUGUCAAGGCCUUCAACACUAGCACACAAGCUCCUUAUGCUUAAGUUUGCAUUGCAAGUAAGGACCAGGCAUUAGUACUCAGUUGCACGAGUGGUUCAUUCAGAAAAUUAAGAACACAGUGUGAUCAUAGGUCAAAGUGACAAAAAAUGACCCAAAGAGUGUUACAUGUCUGCCAUUGGAAGAAGAGUUUUUUACAUUGUUCUAUUUUUCUCUCUUUUUACAGCAAAUGGCUGAGAAAAUUGGAAAUGAAAUGCAGACUCAAGGGAUUAAGAUGAAAAGACCAGCUAUUCCAACAAAGGUACGUAGAUUUCCUAGUCUACCUACUGAAACUUACUCUGUAUGAUACUACAGUCUUGGACAAAAAGUGUUCAGAAGUUUGCACUUUCUUGCUCACAGGAGACCCACCCUGCAAAUUUGGUGCCACAUUGAUCCCUCCCCCCACUCCUCCCUGGUCAAAGAUGUUCAGUCAGGAGUAAAAAUGUUCCGGCUGCACUUCAACAUUGUUUGUUGGGCGGGAAGGGGAAAGUAUGUUGAGUGAACAGUGCUUUACAGAGAUGUAUUAUUUUGAAAUUGGACAUACAACGUGGCGCAUUUUUCUAAACAUUUUUGUCCAAGAUUGUAGAUUUUCUCAUUAUCUACUGUUUUCUUCACACAAUGGUAGUGCCUACAACCUCAGAUCAUCAGCUGCACCAGUACUUUCUCUCCCUAAAGAGGCAGAAACUUUUCAGCAUUCUGCAGCUACUGUAUUUAUUUAAAUAACUUACAUACAGCCCUUAUAAGAAAUUUACAGGAUCACAAGAAAUUCUGUUGCAGUGUGAAGAAAUUAAACAUAAUGCAGCAUUAGGUUUGGUUUCUUACACUUAGUCAUCAAUUUGUCUUUUAUUGAAUCUUUUCAAAACUGAUCCAUGAAUUAGAUUGAUUUUUAUAUCAGAGUAUUAUUUAUAUUUAUUGUCAUCACUAUAAAUCUAUUCCUUUUCAUUUACUUUGUUCAUUUUUUUAUCUUUGUUUUACUUAAAAAACAAGACAAAACUUUGUGACUUCAAAGGACUUUGUGAAGUCUAAAUUGAGUCUAGCCACUCAUAAUAGAGUGAUUUUACUUAACCCAUGAAACAGGUAGUAGAAUACAUUGCACUAUUAUGCACUGAUUCCAUUGUCUUCUUUUGUUUACCUCCUUCUAUUUUGCACUGUUUUUGGUAGUAUCUGUUUCAUGGUUCAAGUAAAAUCACUCAAAUAAAUCUGGUUAAACUCUAUAAGUCUUUUUGACCAGGUUGUUCAAGUGUUAAGCCUUGGCCUGUAUCUCAAAAUAAUUUUUAUUUCCACGUACACUAUUAAUAAUCUGUGCAAUAGUUAUUAUUGUAAAUGUAACAGUAUCUUAAAACAGAUUAAUAAUUAAUUAUUAAUUGUUUGUGUGGGGUAAAAACUCCAGUCUUCAUAACAAAGAAGGACUAACUCCAGCCUCAUCUUAAUACACCUAAUAAACUACAUCUAAAUUUUGUGUUUUAUUGUUGCUGUUAUUUUUAGAUAGAACUUAUUGAAGAAGGAACACCAAGAAAACUCCGAGUUCAUUACAAACACUUGGAAACUGGGGAAGAGAGCUCUAUAGAAUGCAACACUGUAAGUUAUUUAUCACUCAGCGUCUCACCCAUCUAAAGUAUUAUUAAUAAAGCCAUUUAAGUGCUUUGAUCUUCAAUCAAAUUCUCUCAACUGAUUCUGUAAGGAAAUGUAAGGAGGUCAGUCUGGAGAUUUUGUAUGUUGAUAUAUGGGGCUUAAAGAGAUAUCCUAUUCACACUGUUCACAUACUUAAGACUGAUUAAUUUUUCACCCCACAGGUGAUGUUUGCAAUUGGUAGAGAUGCUUGCACACAGGGCAUUGGACUGGAAAAUGUUGGAGUCAAACUUAAUCCAAGGUAGGUCUGCCCAAAGGGUUGCAUAGUGAUGAGAAUGCCUUCGAAUUCACUAGCAAUGAUGGCUUCAAUAAAAUAAAAUGUAAACUAGAUCCUUGCAGUUACAGUUGCAACUUUUGCAGUUGCAAAAAGAAUGGAAUGAAUUUUGGGGGGCUUUCUUCAUGUAACUGCAGAAAUUACAUGCAACUGUAAGCAUGAGGAUCUAGUUUUCAUUAUCUUAAUUCCUCAUACUGCAGUUCAAAUAAUAUGAAAUUCACAUACAGUUGUACUAUUCAUUACUUAACCCAUUUGCUCCUGGAAAGUUUGCCAAAAAAUGCAUGUUGAAGCUAGUCAAGCCGUUUUCUGUUGGCUUUUUGGCUAAAAACUUUUGGCCUUCUGAUCCUGCAGAUGCAAAACUUUAGCUUUUGAAGUUGGGCAUGUGCAGAAUGCAAAAUUUUGAUGUGAUGGUCUUCACUUGUUCUUUUCGCUUUCUCACCUCCCCUUUUCUUUUGCUCGUCUUGCCUCAUUUUUUCCUUUUUGCUGGGCAUUUAGUUGGCAUUUCCGUGGAAAAUGUUUUUGGAAAAGCUUUUAGAAUCUUAGGAUUAGAUGAAAGGAAAGGUAGAUCAGUGGUGGAAGAAGAUUUUUAAGGGAAUUUUCAGGUCAAUGUUACAUUGAUGGUUUUUUGCCUUUUACUCUGGCCACCGUGACUGAAUUGUGCUCAUUCUGGAUGGUUUGAAAGAUCUCUUCACCCUGCGCAAGUUCUGACAAAGUUUUCAUAGACCAUUAACCCAUUCACCCCUGAACCGCCCGUAUUCGCCCGUGCGGAUCCAGGUCCUUUCUACCCUUUGUGACGUCAUCAGUUUUAACAGUCAAGGACAACUUUCUUCGUUAACUUGUGCAGAGUAAAGAGAUCUUUCAAACCAUACCAGAAUGAGCACAAUUCAGUCAAGGACGGCGGAGAAAGAAGCAAAAAACCACGUGACAUUGACCUGAAAAUCUCCAUGAAAAUCUUGUUCCACUGCCCACCUACCUUUCCUUUCACCUAAUCCUAAGAUCCUAAAAGCUUUCCUAAAAACUCUUUCCACCAAAAUGAAGCCUACUAAAUGCCCAGCAAGAGAAAAAAAAUGAGGCAAGAAAAGCGAAAAAAGAAGGGAGGAGAGAAAGCGAACAGUAAAAGUCAAGACUGCUGUAUCACUUUUAAACCCAAAAACUAUCUCGAAAUUUUGCUUUCUGCGCAUGCCCAAACUUCGCAAGCUGAUAUUUUGCAUCUGGAUCAGAAGGCCGCAAAGUGUACGACCUGUAAACCGGUUUGUGGUAAGUUUUAACUCUUUAUAGCAUGACAGUGACCAGAAAACCACUCAACUAGCUUCAAAACGCGUUUUUCUGCAAAAUCUCGAAUGGGUUAAAACUGAUGAUGCCACAAGUGGUGGAAGGGAUAUGGAUCUGCACAGGCGGUUCGGGGUGAAUGGGUUAUUGAAAGUUUAGUUUCCCCAACAAUCUCACAAGUCACUUAGUUUAAUGCAACAGGUUUCAUUCUCUCCUGCAUCGCAAUCAGAGAAGAUUCCAGGACAAAAGGUCCCAGUCAAUUGUGCCAUGUACAAUUAUUUAUCUGUCUAUCAAAUUCUCAACUACGCUUGGACCCAGUCUCCAACUUUAAGGCUUAAGGUUUAACCUCACUUUCAGAGCUUACUUUCCAUUAAAACUAAGAGUUUAUAAAACUCCUAAAAAACCAAAAGGAAUCAAAGAUAAAAUAACCUUGUUUCUGUUAAAACUGCUAAACAAAUUUAAAGGUAACUAGCCUAGUAUGGUGAAAACAAUGUCCAAAACAUUCAUGAUACUUUUAUGUGAUUGGAAGUCAGGGAAACACAAUAAACAAAAAUAUCACACAUGUUCCUAGACAAAACGUACACCCUUACCCAGUUCCUUAAAGGCUGAUUAAUAAUGGAUAUAUUACUGAGUGGAGUGCAAUUCGGUCUAUAAUCAUAUGAGUGAUUAACAAAAUCAGAUGACCAUAGCAGGAGUCUGAUGUGUUUAAUCAUGAGUAUAAGUACAGCCGCAAUUGGACAACACAAAGUUCUAUCACCAGUUAAUCAUAACUAUAACAAAUUUGUAAUAUUUAAGGCUUUUCUUCAAUUAAAACACAAGAAAUUUCAAGAACAGUGAAAAAGAGCCAUUUAUUAAGUGUGCACGUGUGAUGGCGUGUACUGUCCAAUUACUUAGGCAUGACGCCUACUGUCCUAUUACACUGUCCUAUUUGUGCUGAAAACAGAUCUAACUUACGGAAGACUAACUUACAGUAAAUUAAUGUUAAAAUUCUCAAAACCUUUUCUGCAGAUGUUGUAUUGAUAUUGUUUGGAGGAAAUUGUAACUCCUGUGUCUUUUUAGAGUAAACAACAUCUCAAAAGCUUUAAAUAUGUUUUACUUAACAGGAAAAUUGACUUCAAAGUUCUUUGUAAGCCUGGGUUAAAGUUAACUGCAUCACCUCAGAACCUGUAGGUUGUAUGUUCUUCACAGAAUGGAAGUUCUUUAACCAUUAUUAAUCUUUUUUCAGUAAUGGAAAAGUCAUUGUAGCAGACAAUGAACAAACCAGUGUACCAAACAUUUAUGCAAUAGGAGAUAUUCUGGAGGGCAAACUUGAGCUCACUCCUGUAGCUAUUCAUGCUGGAAGGUUAUUGGCCCAUCGGCUGUAUGGUGAAAGAAAUGAAUUGGUAUGGGAUUCUUUUAUCUACAGCUGUAUUCUAAAAUAAUAAACUUACGCCCUAGUCAAACAUCGAACUUUUCAUGCGCUGAACUUAAUACCUAUACUGGUCGAGCUGAUUCAGAUGUCAAACUUAAUUAGUCAGACCCAAAUCAUUUUCGCAAUGUACAAUGGUCCACAAUGCUUACCACUGAAAUAAAUAAUUGUAGUAACUUAUGAAAAUGAAAAGUUCGAUUUUUGAAAUGGAGUCACUCCUCAGUUGAAAUUCCUAUGGGCCAGGUUAUGUGAUCUUAAUUCAUGGGUCGAUUCAAAUUAGGUAUGUUGGACUUAGUUGAUUCAAAUGUCAAUCUAAUGUUGUGCACUUAAUUGAAGGGAGUAGGUUCGGUACUUCAAAAAAGUUUGACGUUUGAACUGGGCCUUAAUGUCACCAAUGUCCGGCAACAAUAGUUGUCAUCUGUCUUACCUCAGGCCUGUCUGAGAGAUUGAUCUUGAGUCAACUUCGCACACAUGCUUGUAGUCUGACUGGACUGGGGUGGCCAUUGUUGCCAGCACAUUUUUUUCCAUGGGAAAAUUAUCCUAGGGAGACCAACGGCUAUGUCACAAGUGUGUCAGUAGCAUGUGAGAACCAGGCUUAACCAACAAGGAAAUUGUUGGGAAUCAAGAUGCUCUGAACCUUUAAAACCUUGACGUAUAGCAAUAAUAAGUUUUACGCCUAAGUUAACAGAGAUUGAAACCUCCUGUAAUCAAACACUUUGCGAUAGUCCCAGGAACAAAUGAUCACUGCAUAAUUAUUAUGUCUUCCCUAAGCGAAACUUUUUCCAUAGCAGAGGGUGUAGGCUUACAUAAGGUUUAACUGACUGUAUUAACAGCAAUAGCUAGCAGGUUAGGAAGCAAUCUUCAAACUAUGUACAGAGCUACUUUUACCUCUUUUUCAAUACUGACUGCCAACUUGUUACUGACAGUACCUCAUAUUGUUACCCACACAUUUCAAUCAUCCAAACUUUGUUUUGCAGUGUGAUUAUGAGAGUGUUCCAACAACAGUAUUCACACCACUGGAGUAUGGCUGCAUAGGGCUGGCAGAGGAAGAUGCUAUUGCAAAGUAUGGGGAGAACAAUAUUGAGGUGUAUCACACUAACUAUACACCUCUAGAGUAUACUGUGGCUAAACGAGAUGCAUCUGAGUGUUAUGUCAAGCUGGUUUGCAACAAGAGUGAGAACGUAAGUGCUGUUACUCUGCAGUGAUCCUUUGUUUUUCGGUUCAAGUGUAUACAACACAACAUCUUUUCAAACUGAAUUUGGUCCAUAGAUAAGUUUAGUCAACAAUUGUGAACUUUAAAAAUCUGUCCCCCAAAAAAUUUCUUGAACUUUUACCAUCCAAAAUGUGCUUUCUCCCUUAAGAAAUGUCCCAAAGAGUGCAAACGAGUAAAGGAUGAAAGAGAGGCUGAUGAUGUCAGCUAGUUUACGAUUAGUGCCCUGUAGAAUUAAGCGACGUAACUGACUGUAAUAAAAGGUGUCUCAAAGUAAAAGAAGAUUCUAAAGAUCAGUGCAAAGUUUUGACAAAGACAGUGCUUCGUUUUUGCUGCCAUCUUGUUAAUUAUUCUUCAUUCUUGCAAAUCAUUCUACAUCAUAGUUGUCAGUUUGGCCGUGCGAUAUUGUGGACAUUUUAAAGGGCAAAUUUGCGUGUGUUAAAAGACAAAAAAAUAGGUUAAACAAGAUUAUGGACAAGUUAAUUUUUUUUUUUGCAGUCAUCAAGCAUUGUCAACAAUCACUAAAUUAAUAAUUAAGAAAAUUUUGUUUUGCUUUUACUGUGAAACACUGAUUCAAUAGUGUUGAAACCCAAGACAGAGCUGCAGAGAAUUUUUCUUGCUUGAAAGAACAUAAUUAUGUCUAGCUAGGUUACCAUUUUGGUUGGUCCAAAGAAAAAUGUCAUCAGAGUCAAUCAAUCCAUCCAUAUGCAUCUUUAACCCUAUGCAUAUUGGGAGGCCCUCCCCCAACUCUGGAGUUGAAUAGCAUCAAAAUUGUUCAAUUCACCACCAAAUGUAGUUACUUCUCUCAAAAUUUAUUUUUUUAAGUCAUUGUGACGUAUUUGUCAACAUUGACAUCACCUUGGCAACCAAGUUUUGACAGCCAUGUUUUUUUGUCAAAAUUUGCAUUAAUGUUUUCUCUAAUAGAACGUUUAAUUCCUAGUCAGAUUUGCUGAUUGAAUUACACUCAGUUAUAGACUGAGUUAUCUCUUAUGCAAGGACAUGGGUUAUUUCAUCAAGUCACCCUGGUAACUUAUUUGGUAUUCUGUUCUAGGAACGUGUGGUUGGUUUUCAUUUCCUUGGUCCAAAUGCUGGAGAGGUGACUCAAGGUUAUGCUGUGGCUAUCAAGUUAGGAGCCAAAAAGAGCGACUUUGACAGAACUGUAGGAAUCCACCCAACAGUGUCUGAGGUAAUUAGUUAUCCACAUACAGAUUUUCCAGACUAA